CUUCUUUGUGACUGGUGCUCACGGAGGUCACUCAGCGCGCGGUGUGCGGUCGGCGGGCGGGGCUGGCUCAGGUGCCCUGGCACGGGACGGACGCGGUGGGCGAGGGGGCGGUCGCGCCGCGACGUCGGCGGCGCCGUGAGGCUUCGCGCGUGAGCGGCUCGGGCGCGGGCGCCGGGCCUGGCCGCCAAGCUCCGUGGCGGGCGCGCAGGUCGUUGUCGCCGGUCCGGGAGGAGGCGCGUCCUUCGCUGAGCGAGGCGUCGAGGUUCCCGGACGAUGGAGGAUCCGCAGCCGCUGCCACAGCCGGAGCUGCCGCUGUGUGACAGCCUCAUUAUCUGGCUGCAGACAUUCAAGACUGCCUCACCCUGUCAAGAUGUCAAACAGCUGACUAAUGGAGUAACCAUGGCUCAAGUUCUUCAUCAAAUUGAUGUAGCCUGGUUCAAUGAAUCUUGGUUAAGCCGAAUUAAAGAUGAUGUUGGAGACAACUGGAGAAUAAAGGCUAGUAACUUAAAGAAAGUCCUCCAUGGAAUUACAAGUUAUUAUCAUGAGUUUUUGGGGCAGCAGAUUUCUGAAGAACUUAUCCCUGAUUUAAACCAAAUCACUGAAUCUUCAGACCCUGUGGAGCUUGGGAGGUUGCUUCAGCUUAUUCUUGGCUGUGCAGUCAACUGUGAAAGGAAGCAAGAGCAUAUUAAAACUAUAAUGACCCUGGAAGAAUCUGUUCAGCAUGUGGUCAUGACUGCAAUUCAAGAGUUGAUGAGUAAAGAAAUAGUGAGCUCUCCUGCAAGUGACACAGUUGGAGAAUUAGAGCAGCAGCUUAAAAGGGCUUUAGAAGAGCUUCAGGAAGCGGUAGCAGAAAAGGAGGAGCUGAAGCAAAGAUGUCAGGAACUGGAUAUGCAGGUGACAGCACUUCAAGAUGAGAAGAAUUCACUGGUCUCUGAGAAUGAGAUGAUGAAUGAAAAGCUUGACCAGUUGGAUGGCUCCUUUGAUGAUCCAAAUACAAUGGUUGCUAAAAAGUAUUUUCACGCACAGUUACAGCUAGAACAAUUGCAGGAAGAAAACUACAGGCUUGAAGCUGCAAAAGAUGAUUACCGUGUUCACUGUGAGGAGCUUGAAAAGCAGCUGAUUGAAUUUCAGCACAGAAAUGAUGAGCUGACAAGCCUUGCUGAGGAAACCAGAGCCCUGAAAGAUGAGAUAGAUGUUCUUAGGACUACCUCUGACAAAGCAAAUAAACUGGAGUCAACAGUGGAGGUGUAUCGGCAGAAGCUACAAGAUCUCAAUGACCUCCGCAAGCAGGUGAAGUCUUUACAGGAGACGAAUAUGAUGUAUAUGCACAACACCGUGAGCUUGGAAGAGGAGCUGAAGAAAGCCAACGCAGCGCGUGCACAGCUAGAGACCUACAAGCGCCAGGUUCAGGACCUUCACACUAAGCUUUCCUCUGAGUCUAAAAGAGCAGAUACACUAGCAUUUGAGAUGAAGCGGCUUGAAGAAAAACAUGAAGCUUUACUCAAGGAAAAAGAGCGACUGAUAGAACAGCGUGACACUCUGAAAGAGACGAAUGAGGAGCUACGGUGCUCACAAGCACAGCAAGAUCACCUAAGCCAAGCUGAUGCAUCUGCUACAAGAAGUUAUGAGAACCUUGCUGCUGAAAUCAUGCCUGUGGAAUACAGAGAGGUGUUCAUUCGACUGCAGCAUGAAAACAAAAUGCUUCGCCUGCAGCAGGAAGGGACGGAGAAUGAACGAAUUGAGCAGCUGCAGGAGCAGCUGGAGCAAAAGCACCGCAAGAUGAACGAGCUGGAAACUGAGCAAAGGCUGAGCAAAGAGCGCAUCAGAGAACUACAGCAGCAAAUUGAGGACCUCCAGAAGUCGUUACAAGAUCAGGGCUCCAAGUCUGAAGGCGAAACUUCCAGCAAACUAAAGCAGAAGUUGGAAGCUCAUAUGGAAAAACUAACAGAAGUCCAUGAAGAAUUACAGAAGAAACAGGAGCUCAUUGAAGACCUUCAGCCAGAUAUAAGUCAGAAUGUCCAAAAGAUCAGUGAACUUGAAGCUGCUCUUCAGAAGAAAGAUGAAGACAUGAAAGCGAUGGAGGAGAGAUAUAAAAUGUAUUUAGAGAAAGCUAGAAAUGUAAUAAAAACUUUAGAUCCCAAAUUAAAUCCAGCAUCAGCCGAAAUAAUGUUACUCAGAAAGCAGCUGGCAGAGAAGGAGAGAAGAAUUGAGAUUCUAGAGAGUGAAUGUAAAGUAGCAAAAUUCCGUGAUUAUGAGGAAAAACUCAUCGUUUCUGCCUGGUAUAACAAGAGCCUGGCGUUUCAGAAACUGGGCAUGGAAUCUCGGCUUGUAAGUGGCACUGGUGCUUGCAAAGACACCAGUGCGGGUGCUCCUGCUCGGUCAUUCCUAGCCCAGCAGCGCCACAUCACCAACACCCGCAGAAGCCUCUCUGUCAAGGUCCCAGCUGCAGCAUCUGACUAGUCUACAAAGCAAACAUGAACAGAAGUGCCUCUUUUGUACCCCAAGAAAAUACCAGAUGGAAAACAAAGGUUAAGAUGCUUGGUAGCAGCUAGUUUUGUUUGGAUUUUGUUUUGAGAUAGGGUCUCCUAUUCCCCAAACUGGCAUUGAAUUUACAGUGUGUUGAAGGAUGGCCUUGAACAUCUGGUCAGUCCUUCCCUCACGUCCUGCGUGAUGGGAUUGAUAGUUGUGUACCACCACAUUGGGUUUAUAUUGUGCUGCGAAUCAACACCUGGCACGUAAGUCAAACCAUAGACCAACUGAACUACAUUUCCCACCUUGGCAUGAAAAUUUACCAAAUUAACAAACAAAAUACAGAAUCAACUCUGUCUCUGGGCAGCACUUUUGAGUAGUAGGAAGUGUGAUAUAGCAAAUAUUUGUCUUGAGAUGGUAUCAUGUGUGGGAAAUCAACUGCAUAUUCCAGCUUUAUGCUUUUGGUUGUGACAGCAAGUUAAGUAGUUUGCAAAAAGUAAUAUAUCUAGAUUUGCUUUAUGGGAAGCAGUCUCCAGUAAGGCAUGUAGAAAACAACUGUGCAAGGUAAACUCUUUGGCCUCGUGUCUACAAAGCUUUCCUCUACUUACCAGUUCUGCCCUCAGGAGGAUACUUUGUCAUGCUGUGGAAGCUAUAAUGCUCGGAAGACUUUACUGUUGGAAUGAAUUUGUCCUGUAAAAGUGACUGAUUGGACAUCUGCAGUUUCUCUGAGUUACAUUUAAGUUUGUACAUGUACUGCUGUAAAUGAAGACUUUGGAGGGCUUGACUGAAGUGUUAAGGUGGGAAAUAAACUAGUGUUUGUAAGAGGUACCUUUCUGUUGGAAAGCAAACUAGAAGGAUACAUGUUGAGGUAUCCACAUGCAUUUAAGCAUAAGAUUGUUGUGGCCUUUGCCUUCUAAGAGGGGGUAUGGCUUGUAUAAUUUUGCCUCAUUAUUGAAAAAAAAUGAUGAAACAGCUUAGGACCAGUUCUGUUUCUGCUUACCUCUAACAAGUUUCUAGAGCUGGGUUGUGGCAUUCAGUUCAUUUCUGCCUGACAUUUUUUUUCAGAGUUGUUACUUUCUAAUUUGGGGUCACUUUUUUAAAGUCACAAUGUUGGAAUAUUAGUUGUUAAAUCAGUAUUGCUUGAUGUAGCCACAGGUGGUUCAUUCUUGUGUCGAGACACAUUUCCAUCAUUUGUAGCCAAGUUUCUAUCAUUGUUGAGAGUUCUGUUAGAUAGUGUGUCACAGUAAAUCUUGUCUUUUUGGGAACUUGGAAAAACUCUUUGAUCAUUAGACUACAGAAAUAAGAAGUGUUGCAUCCAUUUCAUAUCUAAAGAGGAAUCAGAUAGCGACAAGAGGACAGCAGACAACAAGUGUUGCAAUAUUGUGUGUACCCUGAAUGUUAGCAGGCAUUCUGUGAGGGUGCAUGCUUGUGGCCUGCAUGAUCCUAGUUGGAUCAGCUCCUCUCCCCUCAUAGCAUGAAAAAGGGAUGCUAAUAGGUAAACAAAAUUGGUGUAAGCCAGAUUGAACUGGCGGGCUAUAGAGCUGUGGUCUACAUUUUAUUCUUAGUCCUUCAUAAAUAUGAGUAUUGUUCUAUUUGAAGUGUUAACUCAUGUAGAUAACUGCAAAUUCUUGCUCAGUAAUUAUUUAACCACUUAAAAAUACAAUAAUUUCAUGGUGAUUGGGGUCUUUGAGAUUAGUGGCAUCUGCUGGGAUAUUUUGUUUUUUCAGGGUUUCUUCUGUUGACUACCUCUUAGAUUUUGAUGCUUUGUGCAUUUACACUGCUGGUUUGCAUUUUUUGUGUAUUCUUAUGGCGUCUGCCUGCUUGUAUCUUUUAGUGAAAUAAGCUUUGAAAAUACUUUAGCAUGCUAUUUAAAAUUUUCUAAAAAUUGUGGCAUUUGGGUAUAUUUUUGUUAAUGAAGAUAAUAAUGUUAGUGUUUGUAUUUGCUUAUAACUAAGAUUUUACAAGUACGCUUUUAAUGGAAUUUACUGUAAAAGAUCAACUUCAAUAAAUUAAUGUUUCCAGUGCAAUUGCUCAUAAAUUUCUAAAUAAUGUAGUAUAAAUAAGGGCAUAAGAAAGGUUCUUUUUUUUUAAUAAAGAAAAGGCAAAUUUUCUGAUUUUUCUAGUUUUAAGUAGAGUUUCAAAUGUUUGAUACGUGUUUAUAUAAAACUAUGUAAAGUUCUAUAUGAUCAAGACUAAUCACAGAAAUUGAGGCAGUGACCAAGGAAAGAUUCUUUCCGUGUAUUGUUUAUGCAGUGAGACCAGUGACCUGCCGGGUAUAAAACAAAUGUGUUUUCAGCUGGAACCAUAAUUUUUACAAAUGUGUUGCAAGGAAGGAUUGAAUGCACAAACAUGGAAUUGACAGAAAUUUUAUGUCCCAGUGAUUAUAACGUUAGAAAUACAAGCAGUUGAAUUUCAAGCAGUUGUCCUUGGAUUGAUACUCCUUUUUCUUUUGGGAUAUAAUUAUGACAGAUUGUUUAUCUUGGGAUUAACAUAAUGAAUUGAGAAAUAUUUGAAGUUUCUUCUUUUUUUUUCAAUGAUUAAGACUAAUGAUUUAAUGUAAGUUAAAAAUGUCUUGCCUAGCUUCCUUUAGCUGAGUACCCCUUAGUAAGAUAUGGCCGGUCAUCAAUGACUGGAUGUCAGGCACUUCACAAACACACCUGCUUCUGUGUAAUGGUAUACAUCUGGCCUUUGGCAGUGAUGGUGGCAGUGAUAGGCCAGUGUAGUGUCAUUUUAUGUAAAAAUGAAUGUCUAUGGCGUGUUAUACAUACAGUCUUAUUAUGAUCCUGUUUGUUGCACAGAAAUAGUCUGGACAUUUGUAAAGCACAAAUCAUCAGAGGAAAUAGUGUGUAGUUAUUAAACUUGAGGAAGUUUCAGUGCAGUGUUUAGUUUAUAAAAAGGUCCUUUCUAUUUUCUAUGGCAAAUACUGUCACACUUGAAAAAUAGAAGCAAUACUUGAUUUAUUUUUGUAAGUAUUUAGAAUAUUAUUUUAAAUAAAUAAUUGUCAAUAUAAUUGUGAAAUGUUUUAAGUAAAUAAACUUCUGCUUCUGUA